AUCCUCUUCGAUUUAUGGAAGUUAAUAUGUUUGCCAUAGUACAAUGGGAAGGAGAGGGGUUGUGAAAAUGCCUCCUGUUUGGGAAUAAAAUUCUAAAGUACAAUCUGGCAAAUCACAGACAAAAUCAAAGUGGUCCUCCAUAUAAGGGAAGCAACAGAAGACGUAGGCUAAAGCCAGUAAAGUCAAAUGGAACGCAGACCAGGAAGUGUAAUGGAACGCAGACCAGGAAGUGUAAUGGAACGCAUACCAGGAAGUGUAAUAGAACGCAGAUCAGGAAGCUGAAUGGAUCCCAGACCGGAAAGUGAACGUUUGUAGUUGAAAAAGGAAUCUCUGAUUGACAUUCACUACAGGAAAGCAUUACACCAACGAUCACUUCUAAAUGGAUGGCGUUCAGUGUAAAUGGGAAGAUUACAAUAUCUCCCUACAGGAUUUCCAGGGUGAAGUUAAGAGAGAUGUGAAGAUUAAGGAGGAGGAUAUUCCUACAGAAAUCGGCAUGUAUGGACCCAGUAGGAUAUUUUCAUCAGAGUAUCACAGUUCUCCAUAUUCAUACAACUGUACAAGGGAUGAUUCCAGAGUGGAUGAACACAUAAAGGAAGAAAACCUGAAUGUUGUAAUAGUUGAUGUUGUACAAGAGAAUGAGAGGAGAGAUGAGACUUGUGGGAAGAUUAAGGAGGAGGAAAUUCUUGCAGAUACCAGCACAGAGGGAGAAGAGGAGUCAGGAAGUCAGUGUACACCGGGCAAAACUAAGUCAGGACGCAAUGUCAGAUUUAGUUAUGAGGAGAACUGUGCCCUGGUCCAUAGCAUUGUUCCAGUCUAUGAACGGAUUCUGGGCACCCUGGCACACAGAACAUCUUUACCCAGGAAAAAACAGCUGUGGCAAUCUGUGUGUGACGCUGUCAACUCAGUGAGGUACGUGAAGAGGAAUGUGGACAACUGCCGCAAGCGUUUCUCCGACAUCAAGCGCAGACUCAAGGAGAAGCUGGCAGAGGAGAGCAGGGCAGCGGCAGUGACUGGUGGAUACCCGCCACCCAGAUUGGAGUUCUGCUCUUAUGAGGAGGAGCUGCGCCAAAUCAUACCGCCGGAGGUCCUACCUGUCCUCCACGUUGUGGAUACUGAUAGGCCGCUCUUACAGUCACAGCCUACUCCUCCACCCAGGCGUAAAGCUCCAUCUAAACAGCCACAACCUUCCCUGGAGGAUAAAGAACAUAAUGCUGGUCCAUCAUAUGCCGUUCCUACAUGGGCACCACCUGUACAGCCAGAGGAGGAGCCGGAGGACAUCUCCCACACAAUGUGUGAAGAACCUGCAGAGAAGAGCGCAGGACAAACACAUGAGGCCACAACGGAACAACCUGCAAUUCCUCAGCCACAACAUCAACCACCAUCAGUAGCCAGCAUGUAUCUGGGUGACUUUACAAAACUCCAGUUUGAAUUUAUGCACAAGCAAACCAAACAAUUUCAGUGCAUCACCACACACCUCCGCAAACUCACGCGGGCCACGACUGCAUCACAGUUUACAAGAACCAGACAGACCAACACUUUAGAGCGUAUCGACAGACGCCUUCAUGACCUUACGCAGGCUAUCCGAGAACAAAGCAGCAACCAACUAAUGAUAAGCAAUCAAAUUUGUGCUGCAAUAGCAAGCCUACAACAAGGGCCAAACCAAACCUUACAAAGUACUUUUACAACCAGCAGCCAAACUGAGACCCCACUGACAUUUGCUGCUUCUGCAACAACACCACCAAGGCGGAGUGUGAGGUCCAGGGGAAGAAAGAGACGUGGAAUGACCAGAGGAUCAUAUCAAGAGCCAAAAGGGAAGCAAAAUUGUUUAUAGUGUUAUAUUUUACCUUGCGUUUUUCCAUCUGACAUUUUUUCAAUAGUAAAAAAAAAAAUUGUGCGUACACAAAUUCUGCAGUAUUGUUGUGUAGACCCGUAGAAAACAUCUUGUUCACACUGUAAAAGGUACGAGGUAUAGCACAUGCCUUAUACUAUGGGUCCGAUUCAGACCUGAUUGCUGCAGUGUGUUUUUGCAGCAGUCUGCGAUCAGAUAGCCGCCGCCCAUAGAGAGUGAAAACCCGCCCUGUGCAAGUGUGCGAAGGCAUGUGUAUGACGUGCGGAAAUUCUGCCAGCAACUGCAAAUCCGUUCGCAACUCACAAUUAAAUGAUUUUUCCAGUCUGUGCGUAGCCCAGGACUUACUCCCACAGUGUGAUGAGAACGGGCUGAUCGGGUCUGGAGCUGAUGUCACACACCCGCCCUGAAAAUGCUUGGACACGCCUGCGUUUUUCCUGACACUAUCAGAAAACGGCCAGUUACCACCCACAAAUGCCCGCUUCCUGUCAAUCACUUUUCGAACGUCCGUGCGAUCAAAAUUUUCACACCAUCCUGUCGCUGUUUGGCGACGCACCUGUGCAUUGCGGUGCAUGCGCAAUCAUUUGAUAAUUGGCCGCUGUGCAAUUUCGCACAAUGACGAUCAGGGCUGAAUCGGGCCCUGUAACUGGUAUUUGUUUAAACAUAACACAUCAAAGAAAUUCAAACUCUACUUAAACUAUUAAUGCAGGGAAAAAAAACAAAAAAAACAACCGAAAGAGCAGUACCUCACAUAAGGAAUGUGGUAGAAUUCUAUCAUUGGAAAGUGUUUCUAAAAAAAUGAAUAUACGUGCACCCAACAAAGUGAUAUGAGAAGUAUUGCUGGAUGAGCCUGUCUGUAAAUUCUUCUGCCCCCUCUGUAUUCUACACAUGUUCUUCUUUGGUUCAGCGCUGUAUGCCUCAAUAUUGUCUAGCAUACGGCAUGUAUUUGCAAUGUCUCUAACUCUAACAAGAAUAUAAAUGAGUAUACCACCAGAUUUAUCAAGACACCUAAACCUGCUCCUCAGUAUCCCAAAGGCGCAUGCUAUCAUGUUUCUAAAAUGUGCACCUCAUUGUGUUUAUGCUGAGCCGGACCCUGUACGUUUAGCAGAGAUGCCAUAAACCAGAUUUGAAACCCAUUUGUUUAUCGCUUAAAAUUAGCAUCUUGCAAAUAGUAGACAAGAAGCCAUUCUUAUAGGCUCAUUUAGCAAUGAGUGAUACAUUUUACUGUGAGUGAUAAAUUGCACCAGCAAAUCACCUCCUAACUGUCAUUUUUCAAACACAGCCUGUCACAUGUAAGUUAGGAGCUGGAUUGGCUGGUGCAAUUUAUCACUUACAGUAAAAUUUAUCACUCAUUGAUAAAUGAGCCCAUUAGUUUACACAGUAAAACAUACCUAUUAGCCAGCCAUCAGGUAUCUUACCACUCUCAGAUUUGUCCUACAGGGCUGACUAGCAUAGGAUAUAGGCAUUGUGGCAAGAUCCAAGGACGUCCAAUGCCACACUCAUAAUUUUCGAGAUUUGCAUCACAGACAACCUUCACAUUGAGGAAGUGGAAGUGAUGCCUAUUCACAUGCACUUCCUGCCUCAAUUGCGGUACACCCAGAGCCGGCCCGCCCGUUACGCGGGGUACGCGCACGGGUAAGGCGCCACAGUGUAGAAGGCGCUGGCAGCACAACAGUCAAUCGCGAUCGACUGGUCGAUCGCAGACAUGCGACCAGUCGAUCGCGAUCUGCCGCCCAUCCA